AUGAAAUUUUGGUUAUAUUCUCAUCAAACAAAAACAGUUAAAGAGUCGGACAAUAUUUUAAGCCUACUCUCACUAGGAAAUCAUGAAGUUAUUUCUGUUGUUGGUGGCGGCGGAAAAACACAUACAGUUUUCGAAAUAUCUCAUGAGUUAGUAAAACAAGGAAAGAAAGUAAUAUUAUGCACAACUACAGCAAUGAUGUUCCCUGAAGAACCAGUUUAUACAGGAAACAAUAUCGAAGAAAUUAAAUCAAUGUUUAAAAACUCGCUAGUCAUUGUUGGCACCAGAAUAGGACCUAAAAAGAUGGGGCCACCAGACUCAUCGAUUUAUGAUCAAUUAGAUUCAAUAUGCGAUUAUUUAGUUAUUGAAGCCGACGGCUCUCGUCAGCUUCCUCUUAAAUUCCCUCGAAGUCAUGAACCAGUUUUACAUCCUCGCAGUACACUUGUAAUUGGACUUGCUGGAAUUGAUUCUUUCGGUGCAAAAUUAGAGGAUGUAUGUCACAAACCUCCAACAGCAGUUGAAUUACUCCACAAAACGAAUGAAGACAUCAUUGAUGAAAAAGAUAUUGCAUUUAUUCUCGAAAGUGAAGAUGGUCAGAUGAAAAACGUUAAAUGUAGAUAUAUCGCUAUAAUAAACAAAGUUGAUGACGACACAAGAUAUAACAAUGCAAUUCUUGUUGCUCAAAAUCUGAAAAACCAUGAUUGCAUCUUUUCAACUUAUGAUCUUUAA